AUUUAGCUCGAUUCGAUUCCCUCUCUUCGCCGUGUUUGUUGUAUCCGGACAAGACAACAAUGGUUGAGUAAAGGCUAAACUUGUUCUUCAACUGGUUGAACCGGGUUGUAAUGAGCAAAGCGUGGGACUUGAAGAGUUUUAUUGGGUCCAGGAUGAGUCGGUGCAAGUUGAAGGCAUUUGGAGACUGAAGCUCACUUAGGAUUUGGUACCGCGAAUCAGAAUGAAGUUCACCCCGACAAUGUUUCGUUGCGCGUCUGUUGUUGCUUCCCAUAGUGCUCUGCCUCCAGUCAGGGCAGCAGGGAAAUUCCUGCCUUCCUCGAAGUCGAUAGCUCCGAAUGGAUCGGUACUGGGUCGGGGAAGAUGCUGUUGCUUCGGGUCUUCCAGUCCAUAUGUGGUUUUGGAGGACAGGGGUUAUGGCAAUAAGCAGGUUAUCAGCAUCACUCCCCAACUUUACGACUAUGUUCUGUCCAAUGUUAGAGAACCAGAGAUUUUACAGCAACUUCGCAAGGAGACAGCAUCGAUGCGUGGUAGUCAGAUGCAGGUUUCGCCAGAUCAGGCACAACUACUUGCAAUGCUUGUGCAGAUUCUCGGAGCAGAACGAUGUAUAGAAGUUGGAGUUUACACUGGAUACUCUUCCUUGGCUGUUGCACUUGUCCUGCCAGAGUCAGGUUUCUUGGUGGCUUGUGAAAGGGAUGCCAAGUCUCUUGAGGUUGCUAAAAAGUAUUAUGAGCUAGCUGGGGUUUCACACAAGGUAAGUGUGAGACAUGGACUAGCGUCGGACACUCUGCACUCUCUUAUUUUGAAUGGUGAAACUUGCAGCUAUGAUUUCGCAUUUGUUGAUGCAGAGAAGAGGAUGAAUGAGGAAUAUUUUGAAUUGCUGCUGCAGCUUGUGAGGGUUGGUGGCGUGAUUGUGAUAGAUAAUGUCCUUUGGCAUGGAAAAGUAGCUGACCCUAUGGUAAAUGACAUGAAGACGAUCAGCAUUAGGAAUUUUAAUAGGAGAUUGAUGGGGGAUGACCGAAUUAGCACCAGCAUGGUGCCAAUUGGUGAUGGCAUUUUAAUUUGCCGUAAAAGAUGAGCAUGGAUUGGAAUUUCAGAGAGGCAGUCAUUACCGUGUGGCUCAUUCAAACUGUGGCAUGCAGAGAAAUACUAACCCGGGAUUACAGCAUUGGUAAGAUGACUCGGCUAAUUUCUCGUAAAUUGCCCUCUGCCAUGUCCUAGGUGCCUCCAAAGAACGAUUGAGAAAAUUUGUAGACAAAGCCAUUGGUGAGUGAAUGGAAGAUCCCAGCCAGCACAGUGUCAGUCA